AGGACCCUCAGGGCAUCACCCACACCGAGGACAUCUGUCGAUCGUUGGCUCUGAGGGUCCCUGACGCCGAGGACACACAUCAAUAUAAAGGUACUUCGGGAGGGAACCAUGCCGAGGACACGUGUCAGACGCAGAGAGCUUCGAGGGAGACAUAUGCCAAUUCACAGUGGAACCCGAGGGAACUAAUGCUGAGGAUGCGUGUCAGUCCUUGGUGUGCCCACGUCAAUCAAGCCGAGGAUAUGUAUCGAGUCCCUAUCAAUCCUCAGAAAUGUCCAAUCACUAUGUAUCCAUCAGGAAUACAUACAAUGGAACUUCGUUUUGAAUGUAUCUAA